GACGGGCGCGCUGUCUCCCGGCCUGUCUGCAGCUGGGCGGCGGCGGCGGUGGCAGCAGGACCGCGCAGGCACGGGUUCGGGGAGCGGCACCAUGAGCGGAUCACAGAACAAUGACAUGAAAAGACAGUUUCUGCUGGAGCGACUAUUGGAUGCAGUAAAACAGUGCCAGAUCCGCUUUGGAGGGAGAAAGGAGAUCGCCUCAGAUUCCGAUAGCAGGGUUACCUGCCUGUGCGCCCAGCUGGAAGCCGUCCUGCAGCAUGGCUUGAGGAGGAGUCGGGGACUCGCACUCACGGCGGCAGCGAUCAAGCAGGCAGCGGGCUUUGCCAGCAAAACCGAAACAGAGCCCGUGUUCUGGUUUUACGUGAAGGAGGUCCUGAACAAGCAUGAGCUGCAGCGCUUCUACUCCCUGCGUCACAUCGCCUCCGAUGUGGGCCGUGGCCGCGCCUGGCUGCGCUGCGCCCUCAACGAACACUCUCUGGAACGCUACCUGCACAUGCUCCUGGCCGAUCGCAGCAGGCUCAGCACUUUUUAUGAAGACGGGUCUUUCAUGAUGGAUGAAGAAAGGUCCAGCAUGCUUCCCACUAUGGCAGCUGGUCUGAACUCCAUUCUUUUUGCAAUUAAUAUUGACAACAAGGAUUUAAAUGGGCAGAGUAAGUUUGCUCCUAGUGUGUCAGACCUCUUAAAGGAAUCAACGCAGAACGUGACCUCCUUGCUGAAGGAAUCCACACAAGGAAUGAGCAGCCUUCUCAGGGAGAUCACAGCAUCCUCUGCUGUCUCCAUCCUCAUCAAACCUGAACAGGAGACCGACCCUCUGCCUGUUGUGUCCAAGAAUGUCAGUGCUGAUGCCAAAAGUAAAAGGGAGCGAAAGAAGAAGAAGAAGGUGACCAACAUUAUCUCCUUUGACGAGGAGGAUGAGCAGAACUCUGGUGACAUUUUUAAGAAGAUAGCCGGGGCGGGGGAGAGCUCAGAGGAGAACUCCGACCGCUCCUCUGUCAACAUCAUUUCAGCCUUUGAAAGCCCUUUUGGGCCAAAUUCCAAUGGAAGUCAGAGCAGCAGCUCGUGGAAAAUUGAUUCUCUGUCUUUGAAUGGGGAGUUUGGGUACCAGAAGCUUGACGUGAAAAGCAUUGAUGAUGAAGAUGUCGAUGAAAACGAGGAUGGUGUGUACCAGCACAUGCUGGGAAGAAAGUGCUCCGGUCGCUCAGAGUCGCCUGAGAAGCCUCUGGAUGCGAACACCUGCCUCUCCCAGAUGCACAGGUGGGCUCCGUUGCAGGUGCUGCAUGGUGACGCCGAUGUCCUCUUCCCUGUCAGUGGCCCUGAAGAUGCCCCCCUUGGAAGCCUGGAGAAUGGGACAGUACCUGAGGACCACGUGCUCACUGAGCCUGGGCUGCAAUUCAGUGUGGAAGCCAGUCCUCCAGAGCAAGGAAGUCCCCUGAGCAGCCUGUUACCUACUGCCUCAGUGCCAGAGUCAAUGACCAUUAGUGAACUCCGACAAGCCAUCGUAGCCAUGAUGAACAGGAAAGAUGAGUUGGAAGAAGAGAACAGAUCGCUGCGGAACCUGCUGGAUGGUGAGAUGGAACACUCGGCUGUGCUCCGGCAGGAGAUCGACACCUUGAGAAAGAAAGUGGCCGAGCAGGAGGAACGGCACGUCACGAAGGUCCAGGCGUUGGCAAGAGAAAAUGAGGUGCUCAAAGUCCAGCUGAAGAAAUAUGUAGGAGCUGUCCAGAUGCUGAAAAGAGAAGGUCAAACAGCUGAAGUUUUACCCAAUCUCUGGAAUGUCGAUGGAGAAGUUACAGUCGCUGAACAGAAGCCGGGAGAAGUUGCUGAAGAGCUGGCAAGUUCCUAUGAAAGAAAGCUCAUAGAGGUGGCGGAGAUGCACGGCGAGCUGAUCGAGUUCAACGAGCGGCUGCACAGGGCGCUGGUGGCCAGGGAGGCCCUCGUGUCCCAGAUGAGACAGGAGCUCAUCGAUCUCCGGGGCCCGGUGCCUGGAGAUUUGAGUCAGACAUCCGAAGACCAGAGUUUGUCGGAUUUUGAAAUAUCCAACCGGGCGCUGAUCAAUGUCUGGAUCCCAUCGGUGUUCCUCCGGGGCAAGGCAGCGAAUGCGUUCCACGUGUACCAGGUCUACAUCCGGAUAAAAGAUGAUGAGUGGAAUGUCUACCGGCGGUAUACGGAGUUCAGGAGUUUGCACCACAAGUUACAGACCAAGUACCCUCAAGUGAGGGCCUACAGCUUCCCACCCAAAAAGGCCAUUGGAAACAAGGACGCCAAGUUCGUAGAGGAACGUCGGAAGCAGCUCCAGAACUACCUGCGCAGCGUCAUGAACAAAGUCAUCCAGAUGGCCCCCGAGUUUGCCGCCAGCCCCCAAAAAGAGACCCUUAUCCAGCUGAUGCCCUUCUUCAUUGACGUUACCCCUCCUGGAGAGCCACUGAGCAAGAACAGCCGCCCCAAAGUGGCUUCCCGCUUCCCCAAGCUGUCCCGGGGCCACCCCAGGGAGACGCGCAACGUGGAGCCCCAGAGCGGUGACCUCUGACCCUGAUGGAACCCCAGGAGCGGGCGCCGUGUGUGGCACCAGCUGCCUCCGACCCGGUAACUGUGUCCAACUGGCUGCAGCAGCUGGCCCCUUCCACCCCGGAUGACAGCCGUGUCCCCCCGGUGACCCCAGGCGAGUGCUCCUUCCUGCCGGCCACGUGACACCCCGAUUAAACUGGUCAGUCUCAAAGCCACACACAGACCUGUCCUCAGUGCAGCAGCUCCUCACUGGGACGGCUCAGACUCGCGGUCACUGCCCCCCUGGGGUCUGCCUGGGCGCCGAGGGCCCUCACUCCCUUUCCCGCAGCUCGGGGGCCAGCAGGGGGAGUGCCAGGCCAGCCCGAGACCCAUCUUGAGCUGUAGGACUCUGUGUCUCAUUUGGCCAGAAGGUUCCUUCAGAAUCAGCCUCUUGACACUUUCCCACAUGGGGAUAAGAAUGACUGUUACCCUCUUUUUUUUUUUUUUUCCUUUUUAACAUAGUUGCCUACUAGACCUGUGGAAAUAGGGGCUUGGGGUUCUUGUUCUGUUCCUUUCUACUCUCGACCAAUGGUCACUGGACACCUGACAGCAUCGUCACAAUGGCCAGCAGCGGCUGUCGUGGGCGUCACUCUUCCAGGAGGACCCACAGGCUGUCCACAAGUCAGCGGGGAGGCCGCGCUCUGUAGAGAGGCUCAGCCCUGGGGGCCACCACGGAGGUUUGGGAGAAGCUGAUCCCGCAAGUGUCCCCUCUGGACACAUCAGGUUUGUUCCCUGGAAACAGGGCCACGAGGCACCAUCUGCCCCCGUGCCAGGCGCUCUGGGAGGAAAGCCCUGUUGGCCCCAGACCCCUCAUUCUCCAUCCCUCCCAUCUCGGAGCAAGGCCUUGGAGUCCAGAGAACUGAGCAGCCCAGGGAGGAGGGCGAGCAGCGUGGAGGUGCCUGUCUCCAGGCCGCAGCUCCCAUGGCAGGGACCACCUCACGGGACCAGCCCCUCUGCCAGUUUGACGCUGGACUCGCGGACGUGUCUCCCACCCCGGUCAGGAGCCAUUCUCGGCUGCUGAGGUUACGAAGAGCUUGGGAGGAGUAUUUACAAGCUGAAAAGGAGGUUUUAGAAUAGACCAGACAGGAAUCAAUUCACUCCUCUUUGAACUGAGAAAAUAAAGACGUAGGGGACUCUGAUGAAGCAAAAGUGUGUGAAAGGCAAUCAUUGAGAGGCUAACCACGCACCGUUCCUGAGACUGUUGAACGCAUUGGCGUAAAACUUGCUUGAUGACCUAGGUGAGCAUUACACACUUUCUAGCUCAAGGAAACUUCUGGAAAGAAUCCCCUGGAAGGUUUAUGCUACAUGUUCCGCCAUUGGCCAGAAGAAAGCUCAUUCGGGGAAAGGAGAUAAAGCCGGGACCGUUUCCACACAGCCCUGCGGGGAAACAGGAGGGGCCUGAAUGGCUUCCGUGGAACCUUCUGUCAGGUGGGGGGUUUCUUUCCUCUGUGUUUGCCAAGGUCACCGCUGCACAAACACUCCAUUUGAAUUCCAAGUCCCCGAGCGCGGAUUCUAGGCCGCCGUGGCUGGCUGCUUUGAACAUGGAGAGCCGGCUGCCCCACGCCGGCCUCGGUGAGCUUGAUUUACUUUGCCCUGGCUAAUUUGGAGUAGGUCUUCAGUGCCAAGCGAGUGCCUGUGCUCGGCAGGGCCUCUGAGCAGCACCUCGCACAUCUCCUCUCCCUUACAGUCGCUGCAGAAGGGAGUGCCCUUCUCCGUCCUGCACACGGGCCACGGUCUGUAGUCAGCUUGCUCUCCCCGGCAGCUGACCUGGCACACAUCUGAGUGUGAGUCUGUCCUCGCUGUCUCCAUCCAUCCCACUCGGACCCCCGUCUGCUCUGAGGCCUGCACCUGGCGUUACACAACAAACCAAAGCAAGACCCCAGAGCCGCAGCUGAGGGUGCUCAGCCGCCAAGAGAGCGAUGCGUGCAGCCUACGGUUCAAAGGAAGAAGAAAGGCCGCUCCCCAUUUUUAAGUGUUUAAGUAUCAUUGGAGAAUGUGCCCUGUUCUCCCCCAAAUGUUGAUUUUAAACUCAUGUUCCGAGGGCCACAUGGAAACCAUUGUUUGCUUCCUAUGUGCACCCCUCUUUGUGAUCCUGCAGCACACAGAUCAGCUCAAAAAGGCCUCCAGCACGAACCUCCCAGCAGCUCUGCAGAGCCUGCACCCAGGAAUCACGGCCGGUGGCCUGUGACGAUUCCAUCCACCCAGCUGCUCAGAGUGCUCCUGCCCUGCUCCUGGUGUCAUGACGAACCUCAGGCCAAAGAGGCCAGUGACUGACUGUACAGUGGCAGAAUGCCCAGUUCCCGGAGAAAGGUCAAGACCACCCACAUCUAGUGAGGUCAAGACUGAGAACUCGGUGCACGAAGUGCUACCCCAAGGAAGCAUCGUCACGCCCUCCAACCUGGAGUCAAACCAGGACCUGUAUCCUGUCCCACUGCGGCACCCGCGCAGCCACCCACAGGCCCUCGGAGGAAAGAGCAUCCACAGAAAGGACCAGCUGAGCUUGCUUCUGUCUCCUUGAGCCAAUAGAAAGCUUCUUUGGUGCCUCUGAAGUUAGCAUCUAAGAACAAAGCCCACAGGAACGGCCUCUCCUGCUCUUCUCAGACCAGCCCCAUGGAGGGAACAUCAGCCCCGGGCCUUCCAGCCAAGGAGAAACUGUCCACUUGCAGCCUGGCUCACCAAGAACAGAGCAUCAGCAGUUCAUCUCUGGCAUCAUCUUGUUCAUUUCUGUUUUUUUUUCCCCCAGGUGAAACGAAACUCAGGAAAAGUAGAGCUGGCAGACAUGUCUCUCCAGACAAGAGAAAACUAAAGCGUCCAGGAAGGAUAUCGAAGGCUGAUGUAAACUAGCCCGAGCAGCCCAGAUGGGGAGAGCCUUCUCAGCGUCUCUUCCUGGAGUCGGCGCCAGAUCCCGACUUGGGAGGCCGCAUCCAGCUCCCUGGAGUCUCCUGGCUGGACACUGCCCACUGUGACUAGCCAGCCUCAGCAGAAAGCAGAGCGUUUCUCUAAGCUCGGUCCCUUGGCAAGUAGGGAGAUUUUAUCAAGGAAGCUGGUGGCCUUAAAACCCAACAGCCAGGCACCUCCAAGGGGCCCUGAUCAUACAGGAAAUUGCAGGACUGACUCAACAAGGAGACGACACCACCUCAUGAGGGCCAGUGAUUGGCAUAAAUGCGAGGGUGCAAGGGCUGUGGGCAAGUGCUCAUGGACAGAGUCUAAUUCCAGGCUCUUGACUCCAUUAAGAAGAGCUCUUUGAUAACUGCAGACAUUUUGGAACAGCCAGCAGGUUGUGUGCUGUGCCUUUAGCCAACAGAGGCCAUCGAAAUCUGUGUGCGUCAGUCUGAUGGGUAACAUAGCUGUGGCCACUGCCAAGCAGCAGCAGGCUCUGAAGGCCCAAUCAUUAAUCCCCAGGUGUGGGUCCCAGGAGCAGCGAACAGGAGUGAACACUGCCAGCCAGCCCCAGUGUGUCAGACACAGGCUAGCGGCCUCCUCUUUUUCUCUUGGGGCGAUUCCCCCACAUGCUCUGGCUUCUCAUGGGAACGUGGAUCCAUCCAUGCGGCCCAGGACACCAGCUGGCUCCUCCUGUGGAGGCCAGGCCCCAUCCCGUGGGUCCCAGUGGGUGCCCUCCUCGCCAGUCACCCCCGGAAUCCUCCAUCUCUCAGGCUGGCUCCGUUGCUCAAGCACCAGUGGAGCUCUCCACUCCAGAAGCAUCCUCUUGCUUGGGCCCUUAGCUGCUGGCAAAGGACAGGCUGGUUUUUCAGCUCGGAGCUGGGGCUGGACAUCCCAUCACCCGCCUGAGAAAGACUCUGCAGCCCCUGUCCAGGCUCUCAGACCGGGUAGGAGGCAUCUUGGAGAGGCCGUGCCUCCCGCCCACCUCCGCCCGAGCUCCUGUUGCAAUAACUGCCCUGACUCUUCUCAGUGUCUCCUCAGGAGCAGCGCCAGACCUGCCCAGACCUUCUCCCCAGUCAAGGCUCUGACUUGGGCAGACACGGGGGAGGCUUCCAGAAGGCAGGUGUCUGCUUACCAAACAAGGUCUAUCAUACAAACACUUUUCAAAAUAUUGUGCAUUAUUUUAUUAAACCUAACAUUAAAUAUUUGCUUUUCAGAUUGGUUUCUGUGCUAAUUUUGCACAAUUGUAGCACUGUAUAUUUUAUCUAACGUUUCUGUGCCAAAAAGUUCAUUUUAUGUUUCUGUAACACACAGUCUCGAUUAUGUUUCUAAAAUAAAACUUCAGCUACUGGAUCGAUGGGAAUGAGAGUGGAACGCCGAGGGCAGACCAAGUGUAUGUCCAUCCCGCGGCUGCUAACGUGCACCCAGUCAGGUCGCCUCUGGACUCUUUCACCGUCUCUUUAACCUUGAGCUGCUGCCACAUAUGGGCCUGGUUUUCAGUAGCUCUAAAUUUUACCAUGGAGCCCUUACUUUUGUCCCUAAAUCCUAAUAUAAUCAAAUUGAAUGAGCUUCUGACAGAGUCUGCAGAGAAGUAAAAGAAAAGAAAAAUCUGAUUUCUCUAAAAGAUGAUGGUGCCCCCAGGUGAGAAGACACUAGAUUCAUUUGUUUUGAGGCUCAGUCCUUAUGGCACGUGUACGUUGUUCCAUCAUAACUGGAAAACCACUAGCUGAGCUCACCCCGGGUGCCACCUUUCUCUCAGAUUCCAUCAGCCCUGCUCCCCGCUUUCGUGAACCGUGAGGAAAGGCUACUAGCAGACACUUUCUGUUCAGCCUUGAAGACUUUCCACCAUCGGUUCAGAACACCAAGGAGAGGUCCUUGCAGACACUGGGCCUGAGGCCACAGGAGGAAGCAAACGGGCAGUGCGCCCAGAGGAGGUAACCUCCCAAGAACUGAGCCCAAGAACAUGCAUUUCUGGGGUGGGGGGUUGGGGUGGAGCCUGAGGAUUUCUAUUAUCGAGGAUUUGUCCUAGAAAGAAUGGCUUUAUACCUCUGCGGCUGUGGCGUCCCCUUCCCUGGCACAGGACAGUCUGCUUCGCUCGCCCGAUGCCGACUUUUGGAAGGCCUGGUGUGCUUUGAGGGCAGGGGAGAUGCUACCCAGCCCAGCAGCCAGCGUGGAGCCCUGGCCUGGCCCGGGGCGCUGCCUGUGAAGGGUUAAUAAGGAACCCCACCUGCAGUCUGAGGUAGGCUGUGUGUAAAUAAAGCCUGGAGGGUCCCAGAUAGGCUCCCCAACCUGUAGUAUUAUCUUAACCACUCUCCUAUGUUAACGUUUACACAAUAGAAUUUUUAAACAAAUGUGUUUAAUUUUCUAAAAUCUCUUGUAUUAAAAUUUUCUUUUGGAAUAAGCUGUGGUAAUUUUGUUACAAUCUGGUUGAAAUACACCUCUUUACAUUGGCAAAAUUAAAAGAGUGACAUUUUCUCAGUUA